CGAACAUUGAUUCACAAAUUAAAGCAUACAUUGACAAUGCAUGCCAGACAACGGUAUCAACACUUAUUGACAAAGUAAAAGAACUGAUAAACCAGCAGGCAGAGACCCAGAAACGAUGGAAUGAGCAACUACAAAACACUAUCAAUGAUCGCUUUGGCAAGCUAGAACAAGUUGGCCUAAUUGACAGUCCAAAUAGCCAACCUAUUGAAGAAGAACAAAGCAACCGAAUGACACCAGCAAUAAUAUGCUCAACUCCAGAAAUGAAAGAUGAUGCAGUUCAAGACAAUAGGUACAGAACAGACAACUUUAACUUUCAACAUACGGCUCAGUACAAGCUAUUACGACAUGCAACCCAUCUACUUCAGUCAGCAAAUGAAACCUUAACCAGUGUUCCCCCACGUGAGAUUCCUUUUACAACAGAGGAGAUUCAAAUAUUGCUACAAAUCGACUCAAGCAAAUUUAAUGUAGAAUCAGUAAUAGAUGUUAAGGCAUUCAGACCAUAUCGAACAAAGCAAGGAAACCCGGGUAUGAUAAAUGAAAUAAGGAAUGUUCAACACCAAACUACGGGAUACUUUAAUAGGAAUACACCACUUGAUCAACAAGCAGCAAACCUGGAACCUCCAAAGCACAAAACCUACAAAGCAAUAAUUAAAAGAUACCAGAUAUUAGCCAGCAAGCACCAGUGGAAAAAUGAGGAUGGAAGCGUAUGGCCCAUAUCCAAAGACUCUUUAACCAAGUUUAUCAAAUUGUUAAGUAAUGAGGUCUCCCCACCAACGAUUACAUCUUAUCUAUCAGCUCUCAAAUUUCAUUACACAAGGAAUUCGUAUGAUUGGAUGCCUGUACGGCAUGAUUCAUUAAUAAGGGAAAUGCUCAAGACAAUUGAGGCAAAUCACAGGCACAAGCCUGUAAGACAGAAGAUGCAUAUUACAAGGACACACUUACACGGCAUAAGACGCAACUUAAAUCUUGAGGAUACUAAUGAUCUUCUUUUUUGGACAGUCGCAUUAACAGCAUUUUAUGGAAUAGCACGGCUUGGUGAGCUAUUACCAGAUGGGAAAUCAGAUGGAAACAAAGUUCCUCAGCUGAGGGCAUUAAAGUUUGAGAACACCAACUCCGCAACUUUCGCAACGAUCCAACUUGCAAGAACCAAAAACCACAAAUCAGCAAUCAGAACAACCCCCAAUUACGCACCCGGCAAUGAAUUAUUAUUUGUAAAACCUGAUGGAGCAUAUGCCACCAAACGUUGGUUUCGCAAGAAGCUUCAAUCUAUCUUACCAAAUGCCGAUGUCUCAGGACAUAGUUUCAGAGCAGGCGGCACCACAGAACUAGUCAUGAGAGGAGUGCAGCCAAUAAUGAUCCAGAAGAUUGGCCGAUGGAAUUCAGAUGCAUUUUAUAGAUACAUCCGUGCACAUCCCGUUAUGAUUGCACAGAUACUAAUGAAAGCAUAUAAUGCAUAG